AUGGUUACAUUCUGUGUUGGGAUUGAAGUAGUGAAUUGUGGAAUCAGCGUUAGCUCACGAUACCCAGGUUUGGAGCUAGACUAUCUGGGAAGUCUGCCGUGUGUUGAAGCCAUACUCAACAUGGACCAGAAGGCUCUGAAGAAACUGGUGGAAUCCAUCAGUAAAGCUGUCAAGAGCUUCAAAAAAAGUGAAAUAGAGUGUCUCAUAAGACUUUUUCACCACUUGGGGGGCAGAACUGAUGGAAGAUUUGAUAACAUGGGGCUAGACCGUAACACAUUUCGAGCAAUCCUGCACAGCAUGUUUGGAAUGACUGAUGAUAUAUUGAUGAAUAGGGUGUUUUUUGUCUUUGACAAAGACAAGGAUAACCACAUAAAUGUAAAAGAGUGGGUUAAAGGAUUAUCAGUGUUUCUUCGAGGGACUUUUGAAGAAAAGCUAAAGUUCUGUUUUGAAGUCUAUUAUUUAAAUGGAGAUGGUUACAUUUCCCGAGAGGAAAUAUUUGACAUAUUGAAGAACAGUCUACACCAACAACCAUCUGAAGAAGAGACUGAUGAAGGAAUAAAAGAGUUGGUAGAUAUAACACUGAAGAAAAUGGAUUAUGACAACGAUGGCAAGAUAUCUUUUGCAGACUUUGAAAAAGCAGUGAGAGACGACAGACUUCUGUUGGAGGUGUUUGGACCAUGUUUACCAGAAGCAAAGGUAUGGUUACAAGUGCCAACAGCCCUAAUUGGUUGA